AACUUAACUGUGUAAUAUGUGAUACAAUUACAUUUGGCCUAAAUCAGCUUGUUUAGCACUUCUUUUGAGCUUUAAGGUAUUCUAAUUUUAUUUCAAGAUCAGUUGAUAUAUUUUGAUGAUCAAAUCAUGCCCUUAAUUUGUUAACUUUUUUUGGGGGGAAGAGAUUUUUUCUUUGUUUGUUUUAAUCUAAUCGAAUGUCUAAUGUUUCCUCUAGGACAAGUUUUAGGUUUCUUGGUGAAUAGAAAUCUUGUAUUUUGCUUCUUUUUACCUCCCAUUGAGCCUUAAUGAGCUAGAGGUACCAUGAUGUGUGUGUGUGUGUGUGUGUGUGUGUGUGUGUGUGUUUAAGAUUUUAUUUAUUUAUUCAUGAGAGACACAGAGAAACAGGCAGAGACACAGGCAGAGGGAGAAGCAGGCUCCACGCAGGGAGCCCGACAUGGGACUCUGGGACUCGAUCCUCUGGGACUCGAUCCGGGUCCCCAGGAUCACGCCCCGGGCGAAGACUGCGGCUACUGCCCCUGAUGUGUGUGUUUUAAAUGAGAAUAGAAUAGUUGGUUUUACUUUAUUUCCCAAUGAGGGCAGUAUUUGGUUGGCUGUUUUAGUUGUAACAGGGUAGGGGAAUCUGUGACUUUUAGGGAUAAUCUAGCAUAAUCUUGAUGCCUCUGGCAUGGGGCAUAACUGCAAGAGCUCCUUUAUAGCUUCUUGCUAACAUUGAAACUCCUGUGUUGGGAUGUUUGUGAUGUUUUCUUAAAGUGAAAUUCCGAGGACUUGCUCAUUUCAGUACUUAGAAAAUUAUUACCUCUUAUAAACCAUCUCCAUGUAUAGGUCCUGAAAAUGGGAAUUUGCAUGUUCUAGGGACUUUUUAGGUCAUUCUGUCUGGAAUAUGGGUUGUAGAGAGGGUGUUAGUGGGAGCUAGGGAAGUUGGUGGAGGCUGCCUCAUAUAGGAAUUUGAUGCUAAGAGUGGUAAUAAGUCCUUAAAGGAUUUUAAACUAGAGAUUGGAUUUAUAUCACUUUGAAUUUUUGUUGAGUAGAUAUAGCUCAGGAGUGGAAAUAGAAGACCUGCUAGGAGACCAUUGCAGUAAUGGGGGCCAGAGAUCAUGAUAGGUUGAAUAGGGGCAGGAAUAAUACAGAUGAAGAAAAAAGAUAACCUUGAGAUAUAUUUCAUAGGUUGAGCAACAAUACCUGUGGUGAAUUGGAAAGACAGGCCAGGGUUAAAGGGCAACGGUGAAAUUAGGUGAAUCAGACGUCCCAAUAGAUGUGGAGACAGUCACAUCAACCCCUGUGCCGCUCUAUGACAAUCAGAAGGCACGCAGCGUGAUGAAUGAGUGUGAACGGCAUGUCAUCUUCGCCAGGACGGAUGCAGAUGCCCCUCCUCCACCAGAGGAUUGGGAGGAGCAUGUCAACAGGACUGGUUGGACAAUGGCCCAGAACAAGCUAUUUAACAAGAUCCUCAAAGCCCUGCAGUCUGACCGCCUUGCCCGAUUGGCCAAUGAAGGGGCUUGCAAUGAGCCAGUGCUGCGCCGUGUUGCCGUGGACAAGUGUGCAAGGAGAGUGCGGCAGGCUCUGGCAAGUGUGAGCUGGGACACCAAGCUGAUCCAGUGGCUGCAUACCACCCUGGUGGAGACGUUGAGUCUGCCCAUGCUGGCCGCCUACCUAGAUGCUUUGCAGACACUCAAAGGGAAGAUCCCUACUUUGAUUGACCGGAUGCUUGUGUCAUCUAACACGAAGACUGGGGCUGCAGGAGCUGAGGCCUUGUCCCUCUUGCUGAAGAGGCCCUGGGAUCCUGCUGUGGGAGUACUUUCUCAUAAUAAACCAAGCAAACUCCCUGGCUCUCCUCUCAUUCUCAUUGCCUCCUCCGGGCCUUCUAGCUCCGUGUUUCCCACCUCACGCCGCCACCGCUUCUGGCAGUCUCAGCUGUCCUGCUUAGGCAAGGUCAUCCCUGUAGCCACCCAUCUGCUGAACAAUGGUAGUGGGGUCGGAGUUCUGCAGUGUCUCGAGCAUAUGAUUGGGGCAGUGAGAAGCAAAGUGCUGGAGAUACACAGCCAUUUCCCCCACAAACCUAUUAUCUUGAUUGGUUGGAAUACAGGAGCUUUGGUGGCCUGUCACGUGUCAGUGAUGGAGUAUGUCACUGCAGUUGUCUGCCUUGGGUUUCCUUUACUCACCGUGGAUGGUCCCAGAGGGGAUGUGGAUGAUCCCCUCUUGGAUAUGAAGACUCCAGUCCUCUUUGUCAUUGGACAGAAUUCCUUACAGUGUCAUCCCGAAGCCAUGGAGGAUUUCCGAGAGAAGAUUCGGGCUGAGAACAGCUUGGUGGUGGUUGGGGGAGCUGAUGAUAAUCUCAGAAUAAGCAAAGCAAAGAAGAAAUCAGAGGGGCUGACUCAGAGCAUGGUGGACAGAUGUAUUCAGGAUGAGAUCGUGGACUUUCUGACUGGAGUGCUGACUCGCGCCGAGGGGCAUAUGGGUUCUGAGCCUCGGGAUCAGGAUGCUGAGAAGAAGAAGAAGCCUCGGGAUGCAGCCCGCAGAGACUUGGCCUUUGAGGUCCCUGAGCGGGGCAGUCGGCCUGCCUCACCAGCUGCCAAGCUGCCUGCCUCACCCUCAGGCUCAGAGGAUCUUUCCAGUGUAUCUAGCAGCCCCACCUCAAGUCCCAAGACCAAAGUGACCACAGCGACCUCUGCCCAGAAGUCCAGUCAGAUUGGGAGCUCUCAGCUCCUGAAGAGACAUGUGCAGCGGACGGAAGCUGUGCUGACCCACAAACAAGCCCAAGCACAGUUUGCUGCUUUUCUGAAACAAAAUAUGCUGGUGAGGAAAGCUCUUCCUCCCGGCACCUCCUCCUGUCUCUUUGUUCCCAUUUCAUCAGAACAAACGGAAGAGGCAGAGAAAGAAGAUCUUAGGGUCCAGCUGAAGCGCCAUCAUCCCUCCAGUCCUCUUCCUGGCAGUAAGACCUCCAAGCGACCGAAGAUUAAGGUAUCCCUUAUCUCCCAAGGGGACACAGCUGGAGGGCCUUGUACUCCUUCCCAAGGAGGAGUUCCAGAAGCUGUGGGAGGGAAGCCCAUCACCAUGACGCUGGGGCAGGCUUCAGCUGGGGCCAAAGAGCUCACAGGGCUUCUCACCACCACCAAGUCAAGUGCUUCUGAAGGGGGAGUCUCAGCCAGCCCAGCCUCCUCAGUGUCCAGCAGCACAGCACCUGGUGCCUUGCACACACUCCAGAGCCGUCUGGUGGCCACUUCUCCUGGCAGCUCCCUCCCAGGGGCCGCAUCAGCCAGCAGCCUCCUUCAAGGCCUCAGCUUCAGCUUGCAGGAUAUCAGCAGCAAGACCUCUGGCCUCCCAGCAAACCCUUCCCCAGGGCCAGCUCCACAGGCCACCAGCGUGAAGUUGCCCACCCCCAUGCAGAGCCUGGGUGCCAUCACCACGGGCACCAGCACCAUUGUCCGUACCAUUCCUGUGGCCACCACUCUCUCCUCCUUGGGAGCCACUCCUGGUGGGAAGCCCACAGCUAUCCACCAGCUGCUGACCAAUGGGGGCCUUGCUAAGUUGGCAAGCAGCCUCCCCGGCCUGGCUCAGAUCUCUAACCAAGCAUCAGGGUUGAAGGUCCCUACCACCAUUACUCUGACACUGCGUGGCCAACCGAGCCGAAUCACUACGCUGAGCCCCAUGGGCUCGGGAGCAGCCCCAACAGAAGAGCCCAGCUCCCAGGCUCUGCCCUCCAGCUCACAGGUGAGUCUGCCUGGGAGACUGAGGACAUGGGCUCCAGUGUUGGGAAAUUUGGGGGCCAGCCACCUGGCCAAUUGGAGGAGCUGCUGGUGCACUGGACUUGUAGGCGUAUCAAAUUCAGAUCUAGACCUGGGGCCUUGUAGCUUUGUGACUUUGAGCAAGCCAUGGACCUCUUUGGGUCUCCUCUUCCAAAGCACUCCCUGGGUUGUUGAGAGGGAUUAAAUAUGUAACUGUGUUCGGAGGUGUAGGGGUGCUCAGGAUUUCAGUUUUGUUUGCUUUCCCUCUCCAUUCCUUUUCUCUUCCCAUUCUUGGCUUCAUCAGUCAGAGGUUGGUGAGGCUACUUAGUUCAUUACAGCCUUUCUUUGACCAGCUGUCCAACAUUGUGCCAUUCUAGCCGUUGGCAUUUACUGCCAUCUCUGUAGAACAUGCUAGAUUUCUAUCAUUUUUUUUUUUUUUUGGUUUCUAUCAUUCUUAACCACAGAGACCACCAGUUCCUUGUAGCUGAUCUGAUUUCCAUUGUGACCUUUUCAUGUAAAAUGUUUCUUAUGUUAAAGGGUGAACUGAGAGCCACCCCAAGAUGAGAGGUAAGAGAAAAAGAGUUGGGAGUCCAGUGUUGGGUGUGCUUUCCUUCACUCUUCAGUUUCAGCCCUGGUCUUCCCUGUGGGGGUGAGGGUGCUGUGCAGGCUGCUGUGACUGAAGGCCUGGUCCUGUUCCCAUCACUGCCACCACACCGGUCCUGUUUGUGAGCUGAGGGAUGGGCUCCUUUCUGACACGUGACAGCUCCCAGCUGUUCCAGACCAUGUUCUGGCUCCUCCUCUUUAGAGGAGAAUACAGAGAUUGUUCCCUGGCUCUCAUUGGGAUCAUAGUUAGCUCUCCCUACAUUUUUUGGAGAAAAGUGGAGGUGUUUUUCUUUAUUUACUGUUAAUUUUUUUCUAUUACAAAAGUGAUUAUACUUAUUCUAAAUACUUCAAACAUUAAUGAAAUAACAUAAUUUAGAAAGGGAAAAUUUCCCAUGAUAUCGCUCCCAGAGAUGAUAUACACUAUUAAUAGUUUGAUUUGCAUUCUUCUAGAUUUUUCUUGCUAUUCAAAGUAUGUUAUUUUACCGGUUUUCUGUUUUGUUUGUGUGGUGGUUUUGUUUUGUGUGUUUUGUUUUUUUACAAAAAUGGAAUCACAGAAUAUGGACUAUUUUGUAACUAGCCUUUGUUUACAACACUUGUUGUGACAUGUUUCCCUGUGGGUUACAUAGUAACCUAUCUUCUUCUUGUCAGUAGCUGCCUCCUGUUUCACUGGGUGGAUGUAUGAGAGCGUAUUUCACCAUCUCUUGUUAGAUAGAGAGUUAGGCUGUUUUGCUUUUGACACAGAAAAUAAUGGUUCAGUAAACAUCCUUGUUCCUGGGUUUUGUGUGUUUCUGAGAGAUUUCUACAGUCUAGAGACUAGUAAGUGGAGGGUAUGUGAAUCUGACAUCCGGCUAGUUGCUGGCUAAUUGACCUUCAGAGGUUCUGCUGGUUUACAGUUGAAGCCACAGUGAUGAUAAUACCUAUUUUCAUAUGUCUUUGUUAGUUAUGGAAAUCAGUAUUUUAAAUUUUAUUAAUUUGAUGGAUGAAAAAUGAAAUUGUUUAAAUGUGUAUUUUCCUGAUUACUUAUGAGGUUGUAUGUCUUUUAUAAAUUGCUUAUCAUAUUCUGUCUCUACUUCCAUUUAUAGCAACUUUAUACAUUCAGAUGUUAAUCUUUUAUCUAUUACACAAGUUGUGUAUUAUACUUUAGUCAACUGCUUAUCUUUUUUCUUUCUUUUUUUCUAUUGAAGUAUUAAGUGCUUAUCUUUGAUACUUGUUCUAUACAUUAAAAAUUUGUAUGUAUUAAAUCUUCAAAUCUAUCCCUUUAUAGCUUCAAGUUUUUGUGUCUUAAGAAAGCUCUUCCCUGGGACACCUUGGUGGCUCAGCAGUUGAGUGUCUGCUUUCGGCUCAGGGCGUGAUCCUGGGGUCUAGGAUCAAGUCCCGCAUUGGGCUCCCUGCGAGCAGCCUGCUUCUCGCUCUGCGUAUGUCUCUGCCUCUCUGUUUGUCUCUCAUGAAUAAAUAAAUAAAAUCUUAAAAACAAAAAGCUCUUCCCGUUGCAACAAUAUAAUCUUUUUGUGUUUUCUUUUUUAUAUAUUAUUUUUUAAAUUGUAAAACAUACUUAUGUACAAUUUAUCAUUUUGCCCUUUUUUAGGCUUAUAGUUCAGUGGCAUUAAGUAUAUUUAUUUUACAACCAUCACUACCAUCCAUGUCUAGAACUCUUCAUCAUUCCACACUGAAACUGUUUUUACAUUUUCUUAUAAUGCGUUUGUUUAUUUACCUUUAGUUUUUCAGUCUACUUGGAAUUUAGUUUUCUAUGCUAAAUAAGGUAAGGAUCUAACUGUAUUGAAGAGUCCAUUCAUUCUUCCCCUAUUCAUUUGAAGUCUGCUGUACUUACAUUCUCAGUUACUACACAUAUGUAGGCCUUUUUUUGUACCCCAUACCCAUCUGUUCUCACUUUAGUUUUAUAUAAUUGUUUGAUAAUGCAAGUCUUCCAGUUAAGCAAGUGUCAAGUAUGUUUCUGGAAUCCAGAUUCAGUAGCUUAUCCAAUAUGUCCUAUUCUCUUUUUCAUAUAUACUCCAGUAUAUUUGUGUUGUGUACACGUAGGAAACAAAACCUAAUCAAAAGAGAACAAGAGAAAAAAAGAAGUCAAGUGUUUCAGAAAGAAAACAUAUCUACUCUUUGGAUUCGCUUUUAUUUUACUUAGGAUUUUGGUCUCUUUGUGUUUAAUGUGAGAUUGGCAUAUACUUUUCUUCCCAUCCACCUCUGCUUUUGUGUGAAUGUGCUGUCCUUGUCCAGUUGUAUAAAGGGGUUAAUUCUAUCCUUACAGAGUGAGAUGGAGGCGUUUUUUUCUCAUAUUCUAAAACAUACAGUGCAGAAAUUCUGAGUUCCUUGACAGCUUGUUGGCAGUUAUAAAGCUUUUUGGGCCUAUUUGCAGGUAGUCUUGACCUUUGCUGAUACCACAUUGAUGAUAUGGUUCAACUAGAACACAUAUCCCCACCAUGUGAUACCUUACUCCUUUGUUAGUGGUCCUCUUCAGCUUGCUGCAGCCUGGGGGAGCUAGUUGAGAAGAGGCUAGAUAGAGCUCAUUGAGAAAUCAUUUUACAUGGGUAAAUUGAAGCACAGAAUAAAGAUCAAGACCUGACUUCUGACCUGGUGGUAUUAACUUGAGAGCUUAGUUUUUAUAAUUACUAGGAGGGUUCUAGUGGUGAUUCUCUUGUUGCAGAGAAAGGAUUAUUAGAUUAAGAUUUUCUGACUCUGAAGUAUCUAAUGGUUAUCUCAGUGUUCAUACUACCAGACUGUGUGAAAAGAGCUAUGGGUCAGACCCUCUGUCUUUAGCCAGCUGUGCAAUCCUGGGCAAAAAUCACCUAUUCUCUCUGGGUUUUGUUUUUCUUAUCUGGUCUAGUGAGGAGGUUGGCUUGAGUUAGUGAUUAUUGUGGUUGGAUUGAUUAAUAGGAGCUGUCUAGGAAUCUCCUCAGACUUUCAGAAGUUGAAAUUUUAUUUCAUAUUUUUGUUUUUAUUUUUUUAAGAUCUUAUUUUUAAGUAAUCUCUCCACCCAACGUGGGGCUUGAAUUCAUAAUCCUGAGAUUCGAGAGUUGGGAUACCUCUACCAACUGAGCCAGCCAGGCGCCCUAGGAAGUUGAAUUUUUAAAUGUUAAGAAACAAACCACCCAUUUAUGAUGUUUAUGAGACAAUUGGAAAUAUGAACAUUGGGUAAUUGUUGGUAUUAAGGAAUUGUUAACCUUUUUAUGUGUGAUGAUGGUAUUUAUAUUGGAAAAAAUAAUCCUUUUUUAGUUUUGGGUUGCAUACUACGAUAUGGAUAGAAUGAAAAAGAAGAAGAUUAUAAACACUGGCUAGACUUCCCUAAGGUUGUGCAAGUACUUAAUUAUCUGUUUUGUUUCUGGCACUGAUAAAUAUUUACUGUGUGUGUCUUUUACGGAACUGGACUCUUAUGUAUUCUUUACAGCUGAAAAGCUGUCCGAGAAAGAUAAGAGACAGAGACUGUGUUGUGUCCUGCAUCAGAGUCCUGAGUAUGGACUCCUUGCCUGUGGUCUUUUUCCCCUCGGGUCACACUGUGGUCUGCCCAGCCAGGGGGCAUGCAUCCCUGCCACCCUCGCAGUGGCCCCUGGGCAGGCAGACUCACUUUCUCAGUUGUAUUCCUAAUCAGGACCACAAAUAAAAUCUGUGUACAGACCUGCCUUUGGGCAGGGUGAACAAAUGUAGGCAGAUCCUUUAAGGUUUGAUUGUCAAACCCUCUCCUGUGCCCUCCAUCUUCCCCCAUUUUCUGCAUUCUCAGAGACCUCCUAGGAAUUUUACAAAGGUGAAGUCUAGAAAACUGGAGAAAACCCUGGUGAAAAAAGGCCAACUCUUUCUACCUUACUUUUUUUCCCUAAGCUACAGGGCUCAACAGUUCAUGGCAUCCAUCCUCCGUAACAACUAAAAAAUGGGUAAGACCUAAAAACCAAUGAUCAUAGAAAACUUCCCUUCCACUCUGUCACUCUUAACAGUUCAGUCUUUUUCCCUGCAUUUUCUUCCUUGCCUUAUGCAUAAUAAUAAGAGCUAACCUUUGUAGUUGAACUCAUUAUACUUGAGGUGCUUUAUGCAGAUCAUCUUAUUUGAUCUCACAACAUCCCUGGGGAGUAAUGUCUGUCAUUACUUUUUUUUUUUUUAAGAUUUUAUUUAUUCAUGAGAGACACAGAUCGAGAGAGAGAGAGAGAGAGAGAGAGAGAGAGAAAGAGAGACAGAGACACAGGCAGAGGGAGAAACAGGCUCCAUGCAGGGAGUCGAUCCUGGGUCUCCAGGAUCACACCCAGGGCCAAAGGCAGCACUAAACUGCUGAGCCAUCCGGCUGCCCUGUCAUUACGUUUUAUAGAUAGGGAAAAAGAGGCUCAGAGAGCAUUCAUCACUUGCCCUAAAAAGUGGUAGAGGUGGGUCUCUGACUGCAGAGUCCACAUUCUGGUAGUCACUUGGCUGCUAGGUCCCUUAUGCAUUCAGUUUUUUCCCAUAUCGAGAAUUACUUCUUUGGAAUAAAUUCUCAGGAGUUGGAGUGAUUGGGUCAGAGGUCCUGGGUGUGCUAACCUGGCAAAGUUUUAACUCCUAUUUCCUCCUUCUCCUGCAUAGCGCCUGCCUCCAGGACCCUGAAGAUGCCAUGCGAUAUAGCCUCCUUUACCAGGUUGGUGAUGGCUGCCGUGCAGUGAGCCCUGGGCACAUGUGCUGUUCUGCUGAGCCGUCCACUUGUCUGAAGACCUCUUAAGACCUCCAUUUUUGCCUCCCUGCCAUCUGUCUUCAGAAUGGGCCUCAGGGUCUCGUGAAACCAUUAGGCUAGGUGAUACAGCACCAGCAAGGGGAACACUGUCCUCUGGCAUCUAUGGGUCUGUGUCCUGGAAUCAUCAGGUUUCUCUGCAGAUCUGGCUGUGCAUGAAUCAGAGGCACUUCUUCUCCGGCAUUAGCUGUGACUUGACCCAAGUAGCAGUGUUGGACUGCUUACUACAUUCAAUAAAGGAGUUCCUUUGGGAAGUGUGUGCCGCCCCCGUGCCAAGUUGGGAGGAGAUGUCCACAUGCUCUGGGGCUUUUAGGGAGUUAGAAUUGAGAGCCUUUUGCUGAGGACCAGACCAUCUUGGCCUACCAACAGUUGUGCAGUACCAGAGGGCUGGUUUCGGACAUCACUGUUGCUUUCCCUGAGCAGCCAUGGGUGAAUGUGCCCCAUGAAGCUUCUCCCUCUUAAGAACCACAUCAGAUACUGAGUAACCUGCUGAGACCUGGGCACUCCUAAGUUCAAACCCAUGAUAAAGUAAAGAGGACUGGGCUGUUAUCUUUCAAUCCCUUUGGUCACUAUAGAUGGGGAGCAGCUAUUGCCAGGAAGUGAAAGAUGGCCUGGCCACUUUCUUUUUUUUUCAUCAUGGCUUUGGGGAUUUCCUCUAUUCAGAAAACUUACAGGUCUAGAAAGGCUGAAGAAGAGGAAUGGAACAAAUGGAAGUGGCUUAAAGGAUGUGCCAGUAAGUUCUGUGGAGAAAACUUGGUGCAUGAGGCUUUGCACCUAGUAUUUAAGGAACUGUUGAUUCGAUAUGGAGAUGAGAAGAAUUUGCCAAGUUACAGGGAAGAAACCCCAACCCCUGAAAUUGCCAUCUCCAGUGCUUGGAAGUGAAACGGAAACAGCUAAGUUAACAUCUUGCCUGUCCCAGGAAGUUCUGACAUCAGGAUGAUCAAGGCCACGCUUUAGUGUUUCUAUUUCCAUUCCAUGCACCUUCUUGUCUUCUUGCUUAGAAUUGGGAAGGUUAUUGGCAUUGACUCUACUGUGUGGGGCUUUUGGUACCAGCCUGAGCCCUGGAGAAGUGAUCACUGAAGAUGGAGCUCUGAACCCCUCUUUACGUCCUCACAAUACUAGUACACCAAAGUAGUUUUAGAUUUGGUGUCAUACCUGUCCUCCAGAUCAGGUUGCCUGCCCUUCCGUACUCUACAAUGUUUCCAGUCAAGGUGACAAUAAAUAGAGCAACCCAGAUGUGACUCUAACUCUGUUCAGUAUCUGUAGGCAGGAGGGUCCACAGCAUGCCAUAGCAGUGGUCCAGGGUCCUCACCAGUGGUGUAACAUAUAUGCAAACCAGGCUGUCUGUCUGAAGUCCAGGAGCUUAACCUGCCUGUCUUACUGGAAGCCAGGAGAGAGAACCUCUUGUGUAGGAGUCUGAGACAAGGCAGAAAGGGGUGCUGUGGGCAGGGAGGGGGUAUGUGUGAUAGACAUAGAGCAUCCUGAACACCAGGCCCUCCCUCCCUGACCUCCUGCAGAGCUGGUCUCAGCAGUGAUUUGCACAAAAUUAGCUUUUUUUUCUCUCAUUAGCUGGUAGGUAACUGUUUUCAGAAAUUCAUUUAGUACGUUUGAGGAAGAUAAGAACUCUGAAAGAGGCAUCCGUGGGUCAGGGGUUUAGUAGCUUUACAGGUAGGAUUAUACAACAAUAGAAACCAAGGACAGUAAGACUGAGACGUGAAGCUUUUAGGAAUCGUUUAGGACAGGCAGAGGGUCCUGAACAACUCAUUCAUGGCUUAGGAGUAUGGCCUAGACCGUGCUAGAGUGGUUGCUUCUAAAAGAUGCUGGCCUAGUCUAUGCUGGGGCCAAAGGAGAAACUAAUGCAUUGUCCUGUGUUUGUGUAAACCCUAUUACGCUUUCCAUGGAUGAGGCUUGAGUUGUACACCUUGAAGAAAGCCAAACCUGUAAAGGGGAGUUAUAAGAACAUUGACUCGUGUUCACCUUGGAGGGACAGGCUAAAGGGGGAGGUGGUUGAAGUCCACAGAGUUAUGUUCUUCAGCUCCACACUUCUGCACCCAGUCUUCUCCAAAUGUGAAAGGAAGCUUCUACCUAUCAUGAGUCAGACCUGGAGUCCAUAACCUCAGAAGGCAAUACUACUGGCUGAGAAUGUAGAAGGAUCAAGAAAGCUUUAGUUAAAUUCUUGACAUUCAACAUGACAGGUGCAUGUUGAUGCCCUAUGGAAGAUGUCCUUGUGCUUUAAGAAGAGGUCACUGAUGGAGGAAGAUCUCCUACCUGUUCUUGGCUUUACCGGUAGAACAAUCUUGGGGUGGGCGAGUUACAGAGCUGAGCUGUCUCGAUUCUGUUCUUACAUUAGCAAAAACAAUUUAAAAAAUAAAAGCAACUUUGGAUUUCUUCAA